CGUGACGGUCUGCCGUCUGUGAAAUAAUGCAAUAAUGUUUAUCAAUAGAUGUCGCAGUACAACUAUAACUGCUUUGCGUUUUACUCAAGGUUUAGUGGUAAACCGACAGCUAAGAAAAAUGGGUAAUUCUGAAUCGAGAUCAUAUUCUCCAAAUCAACAAUGUUCCUCAUCUAAAAAUGAUUCACAUGGUAUCAUAUCGCGCACUGACUCGCAAGUUGAGUAUGUGGAGGCGAUAGUAUGCCAAUCAACAGAUUUGAAGGAAAAUGAAAUGAAAGUGUUUGACAUAGCUGAACAUGGUAAAGUGCUUCUUGUUAAACAAAAAGGAGAAUUUAGUGCAGUAGGUCCUAAGUGUACCCACUAUGGUGCCCCAUUGAAUACUGGAGCCCUUGGUGAUGGAAGAGUGAGAUGUCCGUGGCAUGGUGCAUGUUUCAAUUUGAAAACUGGUGAUAUAGAAGAUUUCCCUGGAUUUGAUUCACUACCUUGUCAUCAAGUUACUGUUACAGACAAAGGAGAAGUAAAGGUACGAGCGAAAUUAGCCGAUCUGAAAUCCAACAAACGAGUGAAAGAAAUAGGAAUAGCAUCACCAUGCGACAGUACUGCGGUUGUUGUUGUGGGAGGUGGUCCAUCUGGCGCCACCUGUGUUGAAACACUAAGAAGUGAAGGUUUUAAGGGCCGUAUCACCCUUGUCUGCAAAGAAAAAUACCUCCCAUAUGAUAGGGUCAAAGUUUCAAAGAUUGGCACUGCUACAGAUAUUGAGAAACUACAGGCAAGAAAUCAACAGUACUACGAAGAAGCCAAUAUUGAAGUCCUCAAGGGAGUAGAAGCUACGAAAGUUAACACGGAAGAAAGAAUGGUUGAGCUCAGCGACGGAAGUAAACUUACCUAUAGUGCUCUGUAUUUAGCGACUGGAUCUAAACCACGAGUUCCUAUCAUUCCUGGCAUUGAGUUAAGCAAUAUAUUCACGGUCCGUAAUUUCGACGAUGCUAUGAACAUUCUCAAUCAAUUAGGGUCAGAUAAGGAGAAAGACGUUGUGGUACUGGGCUUAAGUUUCAUAGGUUUAGAAGUCGCGUCCUCUUGCGUUUCCAAGGCCAAGUCGAUGACUGUUAUUGGCAAGGAUACAGCACCACUAGGUCAAAUAUUUGGUACAGACAUAGGCAAAAGCUUACAAACUCUAUUCGAAAAUAAUAAUGUAAAGUUUCAUUUUAAAACAACAGUUGUGAAAUGUAAUGGCGAAAAUGGAGUUCUGAAAUCUGUAGAACUUGAAAAUGGGGAAAUAUUACCAGCAGAUAUGUUGGUUUUGGGAAUAGGCACAACAUAUUACACAGAUUUUAUUAAGGACAGUGGUAUUAACUUAUUACCCAAUGGUGCUGUCAUUGUCAAUGAUAAACUUGAGACUAACAUAAAAAAUGUUUAUGCGGGUGGCGACAUAGCUCACGCUCCCGUUUUCGCCAAUAAUAAUGAUCAGAUGUCCAUUGGGCAUAUUGGUUUGUCUCAAUACCAUGGUCUAGUGGCAGCCAAAAACAUAUUAAAAAGGGAAACACCUUUGCAUACUGUUCCCUAUUUCUGGACAAUGCUUUUUGGAAAAUCAAUUAGAUAUGCUGGUUGUGGAAGACCAGUUAGUUCUUUAAUAGAAGGCAAUGUUGCAGAGCUUAAAUUUGUUAUAUUCUUUUUUGAUAAGUCGGAUAAGGUUAUAUCUGUUGCGUCUUGCAUGAGGGAUCCAGUAGUGUCGCAAUUUGCUGAGUUACUUCAUCAAGGUAAAUCUAUUUACAAGAAAGACCUUGAAAGUGAUUCCUUUGCUUGGACCACAACUAUUAACUAGUUAUGUUUAAGAUACAAUAGUUAGUAAAACAUGUCAGUAUUGUGUAAACAAAUUUCAAUUUUAUACAGAGAAUGGAUUUUUUUAUAAAUGCUUUAGUUUAACUUGCUUUUUAAAGUUGAACUGUGUACUUAAAAAUCAAAGAUCUGUUCUGCAAUAGACAUUAUAUUAACUAAAUAGAAAUAAAGCAUUAUCAAUGCUAAUAAAUUAACUGCAUAUUAGGUUUGUAUAGUACAAAAUAUUUACUUUAUAUGAAAAAUUGUAUUAAAAACAAUCUGUGAUUUAUGAAAUACCGCCUUUGUGCAAACUACAAAAUUAUAAACUUUUUGUAUUUGGCACAAAUUGUUUGUGCUGAGUAAGAAAAACAUAAUUGAUAUUUUGGUUACUAAUAAUUAAAGGUUUUUUAGACCUUAGUUUUAGUUGAAAAAGUUA